AUGGAGGGCUCUGGAGGACACCGCGCUCACCGAAAAGGGCCCGCUAACUAUAACAAUAGCCGCCUUGCUAACAUUCUGCCUCCAACGCAUCUGGUUCCCUUACCACCAGCUCCCGCCGCACGGGGAAUCGCCUCGCUGGGGCGUGACCAGCCACAUCAGACGCGCUUAGCUACUUUUCAUUCGGCAGGCAAUCCGUCCGCAGUUCCCAGUAUGUCAUACAGCUCCCAGGAAAGCACAUUUAGGAGGGGAAGACAUCAGUACGCGAGGCUGAGCGAUGGGCUGGAUGUUACGCCCGGCCUGUGGGGUUCAAGCCAAGUGGCUGCGGGACUACACGACCUGGGUAGGACUGCUCACAGCUACCAUGGCACAUCACGGCAUCAUGCAAGCCACGUAGAAGCCCAUAGGAUGGAUGACGCGCGUGGAGGCAACACAUUCGCUUCACAUGGCAUAGAACAUAGGGGAAUGCAGCUGUCCGGAGAGAGGAACCCAGGCACAUCGACCAGGUUGGCCAUGCCUCGUCAUAGCAGCCAUUCGGUAAGCUCUGCAGGAAAUGCUGCUGUCGGAUACCCUAGGGAUGAGUCAGUUAGCAGUGUGCCAAUACUACCUGCUGCCGAAGCGUUGAUGGAGGGUUCAGCACAGGGGAGCUCCAGCAGAUCUUCCUCUAGGCAAUCUCUACGUAACCAGACGGGUGAUGGGUAUAGGUCAUUGAGGACUGGUCAACCCUAUGUUUCUGCUUCGCAGAGAACCCGCGGUCCAUCGUUAGGUGCUCAUGGAGAGCCAGAAGGGUUAGCUGGGGGCCAAAGCGGUGAGCCACCGGUGAUUAUUGACGAGAGAUACACGUGGGAUAGUAUAACUGGAAGGCCCCACAGCCUGAGACCAAGUAUGCGGGAACCCGUGAACAACCAUGCGGAAGUCAGAACUGGCACAAGCUUCUUUGAUGGACUGUUUGGCGGAGCCUUGGCAGCUCGCCUCCACCGCAGUCUCGCUGCCGGUAUGGUCCGUUCGUUCCUCUCGUCAAUGUCGACUCCCGCUUCGGUCGCUUGGGGAGAUCCAUGGAGAGGAAUUCGUGGGCGCAGAGCCCAUUCUGGCGGUGAAGACCGCAGGCCCCACGUACGAAUCCUUCGGCACCAGCAUGCUUCAUUUGUGAUGUUCCCGGCAUUCGCGUCAGAUCGGCCACAGUUGGAUGCUCUAGAGCAAAACGUCGAGAGGCUCAUCGAGGAAGUUGAGCGAAGUAUAUAUCUAGAUGAUUUCGACGUUCGUGAUGGUCCUGUUAUGCUCAUUGUCUCAAGAGGAGGAGUUGUAAACGGUCAUGAAGCACGACCGCAAAUUUUCGCGGACUUGGAUGGGACUCAUGUGCCCUUGCAACAAGUUGUGGAGGCGCGAAGUCUGCGCGUAAACUUGGACCGACAUGCUAUCAAAUGGACGUACGGAGGAUCAGGGAAUGCUGUUGGCAGCAACAGCAAAACGGGCUCCGAGAGGGACCAGUGUACAAACAAUGCCGCACUUGCGCACAAGAAACGGACCUCACCCACACGAUGUACCACUAACGAGAAUGGCGCCAAGAGAGAAGAGGAGCCUGCGCAGGCACAUACGCAGAAUGGAAAGGAAUGCUGCAUCUGUUUGAGCGCUUUUGAGUUGGGCGAGGCGCUGAUUACCUUGCGAUGCCUCCACAUUUUCCACGAGCUCUGUUUAGAUAGGUGGAUCAAGACUAGUCAUAGUGUGAAGUGCCCACUAUGCUGUACAAAAAUUGCGGAGGCAGUUAGUGACUCCGGUGGCGAAUGA